GGCCGUUGCUCCGCGCUUCCGCUUCCGGCUGCGCUGGUGGUGGCGCGGCGAUGGCGGCGGGUGGCAGCGAUCCGCGGGCUGGCGACGUAGAGGAGGACGCCUCACAGCUCAUCUUUCCUAAAGAGUUUGAAACAGCUGAGACACUUCUAAAUUCAGAAGUUCAUAUGCUUCUGGAACAUCGAAAGCAGCAGAAUGAGAGUGCAGAGGAUGAACAGGAGCUCUCAGAAGUCUUCAUGAAAACAUUAAACUACACAGCCCGUUUCAGUCGUUUCAAAAACAGAGAGACCAUUGCCAGUGUUCGUAGCUUGCUACUCCAGAAAAAGCUUCAUAAGUUUGAGUUGGCCUGUUUGGCCAACCUUUGCCCAGAGACUGCUGAGGAGUCCAAGGCUCUAAUCCCAAGCUUGGAGGGACGGUUUGAAGAUGAGGAGCUGCAGCAGAUUCUUGAUGAUAUCCAGACAAAGCGCAGCUUUCAGUAUUAAUCUCCAAACAUCACUGCUGCUCGGAGAAACCACGUCCCCAGGCCAGGCUUGAAGUUCUGAACACUUUGAAGUCUCCAAUUAUGAGGGAUCCAGUCUAAGCCUCUGGCCUGCUACUUAGCAAUAAGUGCUUUAUUUGGAAGGAGGGAGUCAGCCACUGCAGUGAAGUCACUUGAUCUCAGUCUGGGGGAAAACACUUUAAUAGCUAAACAUUCUAGUUUUGAUUUUUCUGAAGGGGGGAAUACACUUGUUUUCAAUUUUGGGGUUUUUCUUUGGUGCACUUGCUUGACUCUGUAUGAACUUGUGAUCCAAGGAAAAAGGAGAAAUAAUGUUGGCUUUUAAAGGCAGGAUGGUUUUAUGUUUGCUAUGAAAUAAGACAAAAAUGAAAAAUUCUUAUAUUUAUUUAUUUAUUUAUUUUGAGAUAGAGUCUGGCUGUGUCGCCCAGGAUGCAAUGGCGCAAUCUUGGCUCUCUGCAACCUCUGCCUCCCGGGUUCAAGUGAUUCUCCUGCCUCAGCCUCCCAAGUAGCUGGGAUUACAGGCACCUGCCACCACACCUGGCUAAUUUUUUGUGUUUUUAGUAGAGACGGUUUCACCAUGUUCGCCAGGCUAGUCUUGAACUCCUGACCUCAAGUGAUCCUCCCACCUCGGCUUCCCAAAGUGCUGGGAUUACAGGCGUGAGCCACCAUGUCCAGCCAAUCUUUUUAUCCUUGAGCAACUUCGCUUCUUUGAGUCUCAUUGGUGUUCUCAAUUGUGAAAUAUGGAUAAUAAUAAUAUCUGCCCCAUGGAUAUUUUGAGAAGGUUGAAUGAAGAGGAAAUUAUUACAAAGAGCCUAGAGAUGUCUGAUAUAUAGUAUGUUCCAGUAAAUUUUCAUUAUUCUUAGCAUCUCAGGCAGAUGAGCUAGUAUAGAUAGAUGAUUAAGUCAGCUUGCUUCAUAGAAAUUAGUGCAAGAAUUUGGUAGCCUACCAACUGAUAGUAUCAGACUUGGAAAAUAAAUGAAAUUGGGCCAGGCGUGGUGGCUCACCCUUGUAAUCCCAGCACUUUCAGAGGCCGAGGCAGGCAGAUCACCUGAGGUUGGGAGUUUGAGACCAUCCUGACCAACAUGGAGAAACCCCGUCUCUACUUAAAAUACAAAAUUAGUGGGGCGUGGUGGUGCAUGCCUGUAAUCUCAGCUACUCUGGAGGCUGAGGCAGGAGAAUUGCUUGAACUUGGGAGGCAGAGGGGGUGGUGAGCCAAGAUUGCAUCAUUGCACUCCAGCCUAGGCAACAACAGCGAAACUCAAAAAAAAAAAAAAAAAAAGGAAAUUGCUUACCCAAAUCUACAGAGUUAACUGUUUUAUUUAUUUUUUAAUGCUUGAUGAAUUUGCAUGUCAUUCUUGGGCAGUGGCCAUGCUGUCUUCUCUGUGUUCCAGUUUGGGUAUAUGUGCUGCCAAAGUGAGUACUGCAGAAUUAUUUCUUGAGAGAGGCACUUACAUGUGCUGAUUGGCACUAAAGCAGUGGAAUGGGAAGAAGAGACUUGGAAGGCAGCCUAGACGAUCCAGGCAUGUGCUAGAUGGCAACUGAGGAGCACACUGUUACCAUCUUUACUGGCGUUUCCACCUAUGUGCCAGGGGUUCUGUGAGCUACCUGAGAAUACUGAAGUAUGUAAUGCCCCGGCACAUAGUUAGGCACUAAUCAGUGGUAUUUAUCAAGGUGAUUAAAAGCAGAUUUAAAAAGCAGCUCAUAGCCGGCGCGGUGGCUCACACCUGUAAUCCCAGCAGUUUGGGAGGCUGAGGCGGGCGGAUCACCGGAGGUCAGGAGUUCGAGACCAGCCUGGCCAACAUGGUGAAACCCUGUCUCUACUAAAAAUACAAAAAUUAGCCAGGCGUGGUGGCGGGCACCUGUAAUUGCAGCUACUUGGGAAGCUGAGGCAGGAGAAUUGCUUGAACCCGGGAAGUGGAGGUUGCAGUGAGCCAAGAUCACGCCGUUGCACUCCAGCUUGGGCAACAAGAGCUAGACUCCGUCUUGAAAAAAAUAAAAUAAUAAAAAGCAGCUCAUACUAGGCAACUAGGUAAAGCAGCCUCAUACUGUUACAGGUUAAAAGCCUGGUCAGCUAUUCCGCUAGACAGUCAAAAAUUGUUGUCUACAGGGCUGGACAGCAUAUUGCUAUUGAAAAUAGCUGCUAGGAGACCUUGCACCAUCUGUGAAACAUUGUUAGGCUCAUUGUACUGUGUAAAAUCAGGAAAGAAUUUGGAAACAUGCUGAUAAAACAAAAAGAUGGAUUGUCAAACCCUCACUUCACCAGGAAGCUAAAUUAACCAGAUAAGUCUUUCUGAAAGUUUUAGUGUCUUAGUUUGUUAAUGCGCUGUAACAGAAUACCUUAGACUGGGUAACCUAUAAAUAGUAGGAAUUUAUUUCUCACAGUUCUGGAGGCUGGCAAAUGCAAGAUCCAGGUGCUGGUACAUUCAGUGUCUGGCAAGGGUGGCUUUCUGGUCCAAGAUGGUGCCUUUUUUCUGCAUCUUCCAUAGGGAAUGAACACUGUCAUUAUGGUAGAAGGGAUGGAAGGACCAGGCUUUUUUUUUUUUUUUUUUUUUUUUUUUGAUACAGCAGGGUCUCACUCUGUUGCCCAGGCUGGAGUGCAGUGACAUGAUUAAGGUUCACUGCAGCCUCAAUCUCCCAGGCUCCAGCGAUCCUCCCACCUCAGCCUCUUGGAUAGCUGGGACCACAGGCACGAGCUACCAUGCCUGGCUAAUUUUUUUAUUUUUUGUAGAGACGGGGUUUCGCCAUGUUGCCCAGGCUGGUCUGGAAUUCCUGACCUCUAGCAGUCUACCUAUUUUUGCCUCCCAAAUGCUGAGAUUAGAGGCAUGAGUCACUGCGCCCGGCCUGCAGCCUCUUUUAUAAGGGCAUUAAUCCACUUCAUGGGGGAUAUUCUCUCAUGACUUAAUCACCUGCCAAAGACCCCACCUCUUAAUACUACAUCAGUGAUGGGUUCAAUGUAUCAAUUGGUUGGGAGGGGGCACAUUCAGACCAUAGCAUCUAGUCAUUCUAGUUUUAUUAAAAUUUAUUAGACCUGAGGCAUGAAAAAUAGCAUACUAGAUGGGACUUCAGCAUCGAUGAGUUGCCUUAGUAAUACUGUUAAUAAAAAGCACUAAAUAUGCCAA